CUCUCGCACCCGCCAAGCGGCGGCAGCGCCGAGGAGCAGCCCGAAGCAGCGAGACAAGGCAGCCCCGUGCCCGCACCAUGGUUUUGCGGAGAGCGCUCCCGCCUUGGAUUAUUUGGUGUUCCGUCUGGCUGUUCCGCUUCGCACGCACGGGGGAGGCACAGGCUGCGAAAGAAGUAAUAUUGCUGGACUCUAAAGCACAACAGACAGAGUUGGAAUGGAUUUCCUCUCCUCCCAAUGGGUGGGAAGAAAUUAGUGGACUGGAUGAAAACUACACUCCUAUACGAACAUACCAGGUAUGCCAGGUCAUGGAACCUAACCAAAACAACUGGCUUCGGACUAACUGGAUUGCAAAAAGCAAUGCACAAAGGAUUUUUGUAGAACUGAAAUUCACUCUGAGGGAUUGUAACAGUCUUCCUGGAGUUCUGGGGACUUGUAAAGAAACUUUUAACUUGUAUUAUUAUGAAACAGACUACGACACUGGCAGGAAUAUCCGAGAAAACCUGUAUGUAAAAAUAGACACUAUUGCAGCAGAUGAAAGUUUUACCCAGGGUGAUCUUGGGGAGAGAAAAAUGAAACUUAACACAGAAGUGAGAGAAAUUGGACCUUUGUCCAAAAAAGGAUUCUAUCUUGCAUUCCAGGAUGUAGGGGCCUGCAUUGCUUUGGUCUCUGUCAAAGUCUACUACAAGAAGUGCUGGUCCAUCAUUGAGAACUUAGCUAUUUUUCCUGAUACAGUGACUGGCUCAGAGUUUUCCUCUUUAGUUGAAGUACGAGGCACUUGCGUCAGCAGUGCAGAAGAGGAGGCUGAGAACUCUCCGAAGAUGCACUGCAGUGCGGAGGGAGAAUGGUUAGUGCCUAUUGGAAAGUGUAUCUGCAAGGCAGGAUACCAGCAGAAAGGAGACACGUGCGAACCUUGUGGCCGUGGGUUCUACAAAUCAUCCUCACAAGAUCUGCAGUGUUCCCGCUGCCCUACUCACAGCUUUUCUGACAAGGAAGGAUCUUCAAGAUGCGACUGUGAAGACAGCUAUUUUAGAGCACCUUCUGAUCCACCAUAUGUUGCAUGCACAAGACCUCCAUCUGCGCCACAGAACCUCAUUUUCAAUAUCAACCAGACUACUGUAAGUUUGGAGUGGAGUCCUCCUGCUGACAAUGGGGGAAGAAAUGACGUGACCUACCGCAUUUUGUGCAAGAGGUGCAGCUGGGAACAGGGUGAAUGUGUUCCCUGUGGGAGUAACAUUGGAUAUAUGCCCCAGCAAACUGGAUUAGUCGAUAACUAUGUCACAGUCAUGGACCUGCUGGCUCAUGCUAACUAUACAUUUGAAGUUGAAGCUGUAAAUGGGGUUUCUGACUUGAGUCGUACCCAGAGGCUCUUUGCAGCUGUCAGUAUUACCACGGGUCAAGCAGCUCCCUCGCAAGUUAGUGGAGUAAUGAAAGAGAGAGUACUUCAGAGGAGCGUGGAGCUUUCCUGGCAGGAACCAGAACAUCCCAAUGGAGUCAUUACUGAAUAUGAAAUCAAGUAUUAUGAGAAAGAUCAAAGAGAGAGGACUUACUCAACAGUGAAAACCAAAUCUACUUCAGCUUCUAUAAAUAACUUAAAGCCAGGAACAGUGUAUGUUUUCCAGAUUCGUGCUUUUACUGCUGCUGGUUAUGGAAAUUAUAGUCCCAGACUGGAUGUUGCUACACUAGAAGAAGCCACAGCCACGGCUGUUUCCAGUGAACAGAAUCCUGUUAUUAUCAUAGCUGUGGUUGCUGUGGCAGGAACCAUCAUUCUGGUCUUCAUGGUCUUUGGAUUCAUCAUUGGACGAAGGCAUUGUGGCUAUAGCAAAGCUGAUCAAGAAGGGGAUGAAGAACUUUACUUUCAUUUUAAAUUUCCAGGCACCAAAACCUACAUUGACCCUGAAACCUACGAGGACCCAAAUAGAGCUGUCCAUCAAUUCGCCAAGGAGCUAGAUGCCUCUUGUAUUAAAAUUGAGCGGGUGAUUGGUGCAGGAGAGUUCGGCGAAGUGUGCAGUGGGCGUUUGAAGCUUCCCGGCAAGAGAGACGUGGCAGUAGCCAUAAAAACCCUGAAAGUGGGCUACACUGAAAAGCAAAGGCGAGAUUUCUUAUGUGAAGCAAGCAUCAUGGGGCAGUUUGACCACCCCAACGUGGUUCAUUUAGAAGGGGUUGUUACCAGAGGGAAACCAGUCAUGAUUGUAAUAGAAUACAUGGAGAAUGGGGCACUCGAUGCCUUUCUUAGGAAACAUGAUGGGCAAUUUACAGUCAUUCAGCUUGUGGGCAUGUUGAGAGGAAUUGCUGCUGGAAUGAGAUAUUUGGCCGAUAUGGGCUACGUACACAGGGAUCUUGCUGCACGCAAUAUUCUUGUCAACAGCAACCUUGUUUGUAAAGUGUCAGACUUUGGCCUUUCAAGAGUUAUAGAAGAUGAUCCGGAGGCCGUCUACACUACUACUGGUGGCAAAAUUCCAGUUAGAUGGACAGCUCCAGAAGCCAUCCAGUAUCGGAAAUUUACAUCAGCCAGCGAUGUAUGGAGUUACGGAAUAGUUAUGUGGGAAGUAAUGUCUUAUGGAGAACGACCUUACUGGGACAUGUCAAAUCAAGAUGUCAUAAAAGCAAUCGAAGAAGGCUAUCGUUUGCCAGCACCCAUGGAUUGCCCAGCAGGACUACACCAGCUGAUGCUGGAUUGUUGGCAGAAGGAACGUGGUGAAAGGCCAAAGUUUGAGCAGAUAGUUGGUAUUCUGGACAAAAUGAUUAGGAACCCAAACAGCUUGAAAACUCCACUGGGAACAUGUAGCAGACCAAUUAGCCCUCUUCUGGACCAGAACACUCCCGAUUUUACCACUUUCUGCUCCGUAGGCGAAUGGUUACAAGCUAUUAAGAUGGAAAGAUAUAAGGAUAAUUUCACAGCAGCAGGCUACAGCUCUCUUGAAUCAGUUGCCAGGAUGACUAUUGAGGAUGUGAUGAGUUUAGGGAUCACGUUGGUUGGUCAUCAAAAGAAAAUCAUGAGCAGCAUUCAGACUAUGAGAGCACAAAUGCUACAUUUACACGGCACUGGCAUCCAAGUGUGAUAGACAUUUCUCCCUUAUGAGGGAGGUGACAGACUGAGAGAACAGCACUGGCCUUCAGUAUAUAUGAAGUGCUGCUAGAAGACACUUGAUUUCCUGGGUCCUUCCUGCAGUGAAUAGAAGAGCUACAAGAAGCACCUACAGACUUGAACUCCUAAGUGCCACCAGAAUUUAUGAAAAGGGAAUUAGGAUCCACCAGUGGUGGCAAGGAAAACAGCAGUGACAAUAAACAAAGUACUACCUGAAUAAACAUACAAACACCUUGAGCUCUCUAACCUCCUUUUUACCUAAUAGACUUUUUAAAUGUACAUAAAAAUUUAAAAAAGAAUAUAUUUGUCAGAUAAAAUCAUGAUAUUAUUGUUGAAUUCAACAAAAUAUUUUCCUUAAAUCUGUGAUUUCUGAACCUUUUUUUAAUCAUUUGUGUUUAUUCUUCAUAAAGACUUUCUUUUAGUAUGAUGUUUAUAUCUUUGGACCUUUUUAGUGCUAAUUCUAUGACACAUUACUACACUGGGUACCUCUGAAGGAUUAUUUGAGUUCCUAGAAAUUUAAAAAGCAUGACCAAGCAAUGUAUAUCUGUCCAAACAUUGGUAUCCUUUUGUGCCAUUUUAUUUUGUUAAAUCAGUACCGUAAUGACAUGGCUAGCUAAUUGGCAGGGAGUUAGGAAAAUACAAGUUGCCAAGAGCUCUGAUAUUUUAUAAAGAAUUUUUUUAAGGUUAUACAUAUACUAUCUUUUAAAAGAAAAUAAAAGAAAAAAAAAUUAAAAAAAGAAAAAGCAAUAAUGACCCCUAAGUAGUUCUAGGCACUUUUAGCAAAUUGUUUGCAAGAUGAUUUUAAUGGACUAGAGUUUAAAUGAGGUAUAUUCUAAGAAGCUGUAAAUGUGCUGAGGUUCUGCGUUGGACAAGUGAUUGUAGGAGUGUCUCAGACCAUGGAUGCAGUUCUUCCAUGUUACCGAACCAUUUAAUCUGAGCACAUCACAUUGUUUUCAAUACUCUGCAUUAGCAAAUCCGAAAGAAAUAGCUGGCAUAUAUUUUAUAUGAGUUUAAAUUGAAUGCAGUCCAGCUGUGAGACUAAGGAUGUAGAUUUUAUAAUAGAACUGAAGAGCAUGAGGCAAGGGGCAGUUCAAAAUUUUCACGUUUUUUACUAGCUUUUGCUGCUCUGAGCAAACGUGUGUUCAUGCUUGCACACAAACUCAAAGAGUCAUCAGGAACACCGAUGCAAGCAAGCUCAAUGAAGUACCUUUUUACGCUAUUUUUAUUUA